AUGAGAAGACAUCGUCUUGAGUUGGGAGACGAGUUGGGAGAAGCUUCUUUAAAUGAGAUUCAUGACUCUGGCAAGGAGCUGAAAGCAUUUGUUUACUGUCUACUAAUCAGAAAGACAAAGACGAUAUCAAGGUUAGCAAUGUUCGAUAAAGUCGUUGUUGGCUACAAACAAGUUGACUUGAAAUUCUAA